AUGCCAAAGAAGGGAUCUUUGAAAGCACCUUCAAAACCUCAAGAAUCAUUUGAUGGAAAAGUACAGCAGGGAAAACCUACUGGUGCAAAGAAACAGCCUGUGGUGAACGAAAUUGACGAAAUUUUUGCUGGGAAGAAGAGGAAAGUCCAGAGCCAAGGCAAGUCGGAUGGGGUGAACCAAAACGAAUCUUCUGUCACGAAGAAAAAAAAGCCGGUGAAUGAAAUCGAUUUGAUCUUUGCUGGGAAGAAGAGGAAAACCCAAAGCCAAGAAAAGGUUGAUGGGACGAUACCAGAUGAAUCGAAGAAAACGGAACUUACAGACAAGAAGGGGAUGAAGAAGAGAAGCGUCGAGGAGCAAGAGAGAAGAUUUGCAGAUAGGCCUGGUAAUGGGCGGAGAAAAACUGCAGAUGGUCUUACCAUUUACACGGAGGAAGAAUUGGGUCUCGGUAAAUCUGAAGGUGGAGGUUCCUCACUUUGCCCAUUUGAUUGUGAUUGUUGCUUCUGA